UGUUAGCGACAUCUACAGGGACUAAUUGGAACUUGGCUUGAUCCUCCAAUGCGUCUUUCUGUUCGGUUCGCUAUCGGUAAGAACCGGAUAUUUUAAAAAAGGAUGUCUCUUGCUGAUGAACUGCUUGCUGAUCUGGAAGAUGCUGGGGAAGUGGAGGAUGAGCAUCUCUAUCAACUGGAUGCCCCUGUCCAGGAGGUGGAAGAUAUUCCCAUGGAAGUGGAGAGUAAAUUUCAGACAAUCAGAGAUAUAGCCAAACUUAGAGACAGUGAACAACUCCAAAGAGUUAUGCAAGAAAUUACUGAGAGAAGACAUUGUGAAAGAAAAGAAGCUGUUGGACCAGUUGAGGCUGAUCCAGAAUAUCAGCUCAUUGUUGAAGCAAAUAACUUGGCUGUUGAAAUUGAUAAUGAAAUAAAUAUUAUUCACAAGUUCACUAGGGAUAAAUAUUCUAAAAGGUUUCCAGAGCUUGAAUCAUUAGUUCCUGUACCAUUACAAUAUGUUUCUACCGUAAAGGAGCUUGGGAAUGAUUUAGACAAGGCUAAGAACAGUGAAAAAUUACAGGAAUUUUUAACUCCAGCAACUAUUAUGGUUGUCAGUGUUACUGCCUCAACAACUCAAGGGCAGCUGUUAACAGAUGAUGACUUAAAAAUUAUAGUUGAAGCAUGUGAUAUGGCAAUAGAAUUGGAUAAUUAUAAGCAAGAGAUCUAUAAAUAUGUUGAAUCCCGUAUGUCAUUCAUUGCUCCCAAUUUAUCCAUUAUUGUUGGUGCAUCUACAGCAGCAAAACUGAUGGGUGUUGCUGGAGGGCUGAGUCAUUUGGCUAAAAUGCCUGCUUGCAACAUUCAAGUCCUUGGGUCUCAGCGUCGCACUUUGGCUGGAUUUUCGACUACUGCAAUUAUGCCUCAUACAGGAUUUGUUUACUCUAGUGAUAUAGUGCAGAAUACUCCAGCUGAUUUGAGAAGGAAAGCUGCCCGCUUGGUUGCUGCUAAGUGUGCCCUUGCAGCACGAGUAGAUGGCUUUCACGAAUCCAUAGAUGGGCAGGUGGGCCACUCCUUGAGGGAAGAUAUCGAGAGAAAACUAGACAAACUGCAGGAGCCACCCCCUGUGAAGCAAGUGAAACCACUUCCUGCACCUAUUGACCAGCCCCACAAAAAGAGAGGAGGACGCAGGGUUCGAAAAAUGAAAGAAAGAUAUGCUAUCACAGAAUUCCGGAAGCAAGCUAAUAGAAUGAACUUUGGUGAAAUUGAAGAAGAUGCAUACCAGGAUGAUUUAGGUUUCAGCCUUGGUCAAGUAGGCAAGGCCGGUACAGGUCGCAUCCGUGCCCCCCAAAUUGAUGAAAAGACCAAAGUGCGAAUUUCAAAAACACUACAGAAAAAUUUACAGAGGCAACAGGUGUGGGGUGGAAGUACCUCUGUUCGUCGACAGAUCUCUGGAACUGCCUCAAGUGUUGCUUUCACUCCAUUACAGGGUCUUGAAAUUGUGAAUCCCCAGGCUGCUGAGAAGAAAGGCACCGAAUCGGCAAAAUAUUUCUCAAAUACAUCAAGUUUUAUAAAAGUGGAAAGGAAGACAUGAACACUUUAUUCAUUUUGUAUGUACAACAUUUCAUUUGUGCAGUGAUUAAGACUUUUUUAAUAAAAGAU